AUGGCGAAAGAUUCCCGUACAUUGCGAAAAGGUGCCGUCGUCCAGCACAUCGCCAAAGCCCAUAACCUGAAAGGUCAACUGCCUGAAGAGAGCAUGGAAUCUUUAGCAACAACCAUUCGUUUCGUCACGCUGAACUGCCGAACACUAGCGAGCGAACUCCAACAAGCCGCCCUCUCUAGGCUUCUGCGAUAUCUCCGUGUCGCUGAGGACAACAGUAAGGAGGCCUUCUAUGAUGAACUCAAUGCGUUGAUGUCUAAAAUGCCAAGCCAGCAGGUGGUCAUUGUCGGAAUCGACGCAAAUGCGAAGAUGGGGAUCGAACAAUCCGAUGUGCUAGAAAAAUGGUAUUAUCCAGCGGAGCGCACGUUGGACAACGGUGACAGCCUGAUCCACUUAUGCGAACAGACGGGCUUCAUCAUAGCUUCCACGUUUAAGAGGAAUCAUCGACGCCAUCAGCUCACGUGGCAGGGGCCAACCCUUUUAACUCCUGAAGAGCAGCGCAAGCGGAAGAUGAGGACUCUUAAACUUCAGCUCGACUACGUUCUGGCGAGGAACAUUCCUCGUUCUUCUCAGCUUCAAGAUACGGUUCCACAAAAGAAACCAAGGAGUUUUCUAUUCAUGUUCGACUACGGACCAGGAAGAAGCUUAACUCUUCUAAUUUGGAGAGAUAACUUACAGACCUUACUGGAUCGGCAAGCGCCGUCAGCUCCUGAACUCAAGGACGUUCAUAGGCCGACAUAUACGGUUAACAAGCAACCACCGACCGAGUCGGAGCUUCCGGUCUGUAUCCAAAAGAUGAACAAUGGAAAAUCUGGUGGUGACGACGGAAGUAGCGCAGAAAUGCUGAAAUAUCUUUCUCCAUCUGGGAUUCGUGAGAUGGCAAAGAUCAUCCGUCCAAUGUGGAUAAACGAAUGGAUACCUGACUCGUGGAGACAUGUUAUCAUAAUUCCCUUCCACAAGAAGUUAUCCAUCACGGACCCUAGGAAUUAUCGAGGAAUUUCUUUACUGUGUGUUAUGUACAAGGUAUUGGAGCGCAUUAUCCUGGACCGACUCAUUAAACAUCGCGAAGACACAACGCGCGACGAGCAAGCUGGCUUUUGUCCUGACCGAUCUACGAUUACUGGAAUCAGGGUGAACGGACAGCCAACCGAACUUGUAGACGAGUUCUGUUACUUGAGUUAUAUGCUAAAAAACGUACGAGAGAGAUGUUCAGCAAAGAGGCCACUUCUGCAUUUCUCUCCUUAA